GAGUUGGAUGUGAUGGCGGAAGUGAGCUAUGCCGGUGGAUUCCAGCUGUCCAUAGACGUGGACAUGGUGUUCGGCAAGACGGCCUUUCUCUCUGUCAAGGUCACGUGUCUGCAGGGCAAGGCUCGGUUACGGCUGACACGCGAACCCUACACACACUGGUCGUUCUCCUUCUACGAGGAACCGAAAAUGGAUUUCGAGGUGGAAUCACAAUUUCAAGGUCGCCCAAUACCACAGGUUACAAACCUCAUUAUUAGUCAGCUGCGCAGGACUGUAAGAAAGAAGCACACGCUGCCCAACUACAAGAUGCGCUACAAGCCGUUCUUUAUGAAGCCAGACGAGCGGAGGCUGCACGUUGCCGACGUCAACCUGCUGCACACGCGCAUCUGCGUCGGUAACCUCGAGGUCACCGUACUCGAGUGCAGCCGCAUCGUCAAGACGCAUCCAAACGCAAAGAUAUACUGCACCCUGGCCAUAGACAAAGAUGACUGGAUAGAGUUAGUGAGCUCAACAUAUGGGGCCUACAUAACGUUCGAUACUGAAGUCAUAAAAACAUCUGGACAGCAAAUAGGAAUUAUAUUAAAAAAGGAGUUUUACUUAGAUAAGUAUGAAGAGCAAGUGGUUGUUGACACUGUGCUACCGUACACGCCUGCUGCAAAUGCUGAUAUCCGUAAGGGAGACAUUCUAGUGUCUGUGAAUGGCUUAAAAGUUACCUCAACUAAGCAUGCAGUCAAACUGCUAGCCAAUGCCAGUGAAAGGUGUGCCAUGCGUCUAGAGAGGGAGUCGAUCGUUCAAAGUUCCUCCUCCAUGCAGGACAUGCCAAGCAGGGAUGCUGACGAUUCCAGCCUUCGUAUUAAGGAUACUGACAACAUAUCACUUGGCAGUAGGCGCAGUGCCCUAGAAGUCGAAGAGGCAGCAGAGGAACUUCUAAACAUCACUAUGGAGGAGCAGGCCUCAAAACCACAGGUGGCACAGACGAGCUUGAGUAGGGACCGGCAGGCAGCAGUGGCAGCAGGAGGCAGAAAGGCAUUGACGUUCCUCAGUCAGAAAACUGGCUUGUUUCAACGGCAGAAGCAGGUUGUGGGAGAAACUCCAACGUGUGCAUCGACUGCUAUUGCUUCUGCUAAAAAAGACUCGCCGAAGAAAAUGAUAGCUAGUCAGAAUGAUACACUCACGCUACCCGAGAGCUUGGAACCGCCUGUAGAUGGCAGCACGAGGACACGGCGUCGUUCGUGCCCGGAUGCGUCUGCCAUCGUCACCAGCUACAGCACAGACAAUUUUGCACUGAUCAGCUCGGAGGUUUCGGAUCGAAUGCAAAAAUCUGGAGUUGACCUGAGAAAAACGUCAUAUGUCGCUGCAGCGCAGGACAUCGAAUGGAAUGAGAGGUUUGUGUUUAACGUGUGUCCGGACCAUCGCUACCUCAAUGUGUGCGUCUGGUGCAAGAACCCCGAGAGAACCGAGAGGACAGAAAAGGUCGUGAAGCCUGAGAAAGACAUUCUUCUUGGACAUCAAACAGUAGCUUUGAUAGAUAUAGCACUUGAAUGUGCUCUGACGAGGUCCGCUACAUUCCAAGAUAGCUAUAGCUUGCUUCCGCCAGAACUGCGACCAGGUGCAAGCGCAGCAAGAAUCUCGUCGCAGAUCCUGGCGCGACCCCAGCCUCUGCUGAUGGCCGAUAUCACGCUAGACGUUUCAGCACGGCGGCUUCGCGACGAUCAAUCCGACGGAUUUCGGCACCGAGGAUGA